GAAAACGGCUCCUGUCGCCGAGGAAAGAGUUAACGGCGCUCGAAACCUAACACCCUGCGGAGCCCGAAGAGGGGAGAAAAGGGAAGGGAGCGUGAAGAAGGGAUCGAGUCUCUUCGGCGGGCUCGGUGGUUGGAGGCGCCUGUGUGCCAGCUAGAAGCUGUUAAAGAAACCCCAGGGCAGCCGGGCUUCGCGAGCAGAGGUCAUCCGAUGCGCAGGAGGGACUGAGCAGCGAGCGGAGGAAAGAGAAACGGCUUGCUUAUAAGGACCUGCGGCGACGCGCAUCUCCACUGGGUUCACAAUGAAAGCCUUCCAAAUCAGCAUGCCCCUGGCUUUUCUUGUGCUCCCGUUCUUUGUGCUUGGGGCUCCCAGUGAGGAGCUUGGCCGGCAAGAAGUCCCUACCAACGUGAAUGGUUGCAAGAGAUGUUGUGAUUCACUAGAUGCCCCUGGGCCCUCCGAAGCCAGUUUUGGUACAGAUAGAUCUCGGGCUUUGCCAUUCGUAAUGCCAGAAGUUCGUCCAUAUAUUAACAUCACAAUUCUGAAAGGAGAAAAAGGAGAUCAAGGAGAGUCUGGAGUUCCUGGGAAAUGGGGCAAAGAGGGACCCCCUGGUGAUCGGGGACCCCAGGGUCCAAAGGGCAGCAAGGGACAAAUGGGGGCACCUGGAGAUCCCUGCAAGCACCAGUAUGCAGCUUUCUCAGUGGGCCGGAAGAAGGCUCUCCACAGUAAUGAAGGCUACCAGGCUUUGAUCUUUGACACUGUCUUUGUGAACCUCUAUAGCCAUUUUGACAUGUUUAAGGGUAAGUUCUACUGCUACGUGGCUGGCCUGUAUUUUUUCAGUCUCAAUGUCCACACCUGGAAUUUCAAGGAGACCUACAUGCAUGUCAUGCGGAAUGACCAAGAGGAAGUCAUUCUCUAUGCUCAACCCAGUGACCGCAGCAUCAUGCAAAGCCAGAGUUUGAUGCUGGAGCUACGGGAGAACGAUGAGGUUUGGGUGCGUCUGUACAAGCGACAGCGUGACAACGCCAUCUACAGUGACGAUGUGGAUAUCUACAUCACUUUCAGUGGUUAUUUGAUCAAGCCCAGUCUUGAAUAGCUGUUUUCCUCCAAAGCACAAAUUCAACCUCUAAACAUCCUCUUGAUUUCCUGUGAACGUCUGCAAAUAAUACAGAAAGUGACCAACAGAUCUGAAAACAGAGAGAACACUGAAGAAACUUUUUUUUUCUUUUGCCAACUGAAAAAAAAAUAUUCAUGGGUCAAAAAAACUCCAGAAAAGUCUUGCUGAUGUAUGUGUCCUUCUCAACACUAGAUGUGAUUGUAAGGUAUGGACUGGAAAUCCUAAACAGCCUCAUGAAAUUCCUGUACCUGCUAACUCAGAAUCAUUUUGUAAACAUUUUUGUUUGGACAUAACACUUUCUAAGCAGAAUGUUCUAAUUUAGAUUGUUUACAUGAGCUAAACUCUUUGAGGUAUCUCAAGUGAGAUAAGUUACCAUAUCUUAUCUACAAAUCUACAAACCAAAUGUAGGUCAGCCAAAAUAUGUUAUUUUGGCAUUUCAAGUGUCUGACAGCCCCUCUUCUUUUUGCUAAGAAUUCCUGGUGGGAAACCUUGUAUGACUGAUAGUUGCCAUCACCUUCAUAAAAUUUACCUUUAUAAAUGUUCUAUACGGUUGGCAAAUGUAACUGUGAUCUGUGCAUCUGUCUAAUGGACAUGUUAUACUAACACUGUAGGGAUGGCUUCCAUCACUAUGUUAAACAUAUGCAAGGUUAGGAUUUAGCCCUGGUGGCAAAAGAGUAGAAAUAAUACUUCCAAUUUAUCCCCCAAAUCAGAAGAUUCCUAAAGAGGUUCCAUGCUAGGUGCCUAAAAUUAUAUUGUAAUUGAUUGAAUCGCAACAAAUCUAUAAAUGUAUUUACAACAGGAUCCAUUUUCCUUCAGCUGACCUAGAUUGAUGAUAGAUUUUCCCAUAGGCAGGUCACACAAAGGCCAUGAUGUGAGCAAAAUAAGUGGGGUUUCCUUCAGUAUCAUUGUGAUCUGACCUAUGGCCUGUGAUAAAAUUAGUGAUUGGAGCUGGGCAGGGCUUCAGAUUAUAAGGGAUAAAUUUUUUGAAGAAUAUCUACAUAGCACCUGGCAGUAACUUGUUAAAGCUAAGAGAUCUAUUCCAGAGAUCAUGCUGCAACUGCAUUUCUAGGAAAAGAUGUAGCUGUUUUAAGAUAUUUCCAACAUGUGCUAUAUGAUGCUCCCCAUGCUCCGAAGUAUCUUUUCCCUUCAAGCCUAAGUAGCCUAUGAAGCCACUACUGGUUAGCUGGGUAAACUAUUAAUUGUAAGGGCAAAGGAUCCCAAGGAAUUAUAAGCAAAAGAAAGAUGCAAGUGGCUUGCAUAUCAGCUUCUCUCAUUGAGGGCAGGAAGUGCCAUUACUACAUAUGGAGACAGGCUGGCAUUCCCUUGCUAAAGCUACAAAAGAAAUAGGAUACUCUGAGGAUGGAAAAACAUGAAAGUUUCUAAAGGGAACUUUUAACUUUUGAUUCUCACAUGUUGAGACCUGCAAUAAAAUAUGGCAAAGUGCAUACUCAUUCAAAAUCCAGCAUACUCUCUUCCAAGAAAGAGCAUUUUAUUCUCCUCCUUCCUUAGUUUUCCAUUCCCCUGCUCUCCCACGAGUGCAAAAUGCUGUUUGGGGAAUGGAACAUUUGGAAGAAUCAUCCAUGCAGUCAUUCAGAGAGUGGUCUGAAACUUAACCUUCCAACCAGAAAUGUCCAUCCAGAAUUUUUUUUCUCUAUCACAGCAGGAUAAAUCACAAUUGUUCAAGAGGAUAUAAAGGCACAUUUCUUUUCCUUUUAAUCCCAAUUUCCACUCUGCCAUUAAAUAUACACACCCUUUUAUUUCCCAAAUCACUGCUUAUCUAUUAAAUGGGAAUUAUAAUGCUGACCUACCUUGGACAGUUGUGGUCAGGAUACUAUCUAUCAUCUUCUACCAACCUGGUACCUUGCAGAUAAGGCAGGAUUACAACCUCCAAUGCAUCUGUUGCAGUCCAACACUUCUGGAGAUGCCAGUUUGGGGAAGAUUGCUUUAAGUAAAGCACUGAGCACUUCCUAAAAUGUGACUUGGAUGCUAAAGAAUUUCUAUUACAAUGCACUGUAUUUUUUGGGUAUAGAUGAGGAAGAUACGCAGACCCUGCUAUAUGCAUUUGCUGCCUAUUCCACUCACAGGUAACUAACUAAUUGCAAACCAAGAGGCUUCUCAGUUUAUUUUUUUUUUUUAAAAAAAGAAAUAGACAGCACAUGCUUUCUUUUUAUUUUGACCCAGUGGGUAACCUUGUAAGGCAGGCUAUGGGAAGUAUCGGGAUGCCUGUUUUUGAAAUACAGGGAAAACUGUAGCUGAUUGCAUAACAAUCUGAAUUCCUUCUCUCUGCAAAGUAGUAGUUUAAAAACCAGCUGUUGGCUAUAUGCAACACAUGGCGUCUCUAUGUCUCCAGAGGGAACAACCAGAAUUUCUAGUACUGAAUUGCUUCCAGAUGUGAGAACUGAACUCUUUGAGCCUUUGCCUCCAUUCCUGUCUCAGCAGAAUUCCCUCAAGUGCUUCUAUGAGGAACCAGCGUCUAAUGUUACAAGGACAACGUUUGUGUAUAGUUGUUAUGAGGCUACAGGCCUACUUUUUGGUGCUAUAUAAAACCUUCAUCAUUCUUGGUGCUAAAGAGACCUUUUUGAUGCAAAAUUUGAAAAAUAUUUUGAAUUUGCUGGGAGAUACGCUGGGGAUAACAGAAACAGGAAGGCCUAUGAAAUUUAUGGUGCUUUGUGGAAAUCAUCAAACAAUGGUUUGUGUGUAUAUGUGUGUAUCUUUUAAAUAUUAAAACUUCUUGAUUGCA